AUGCCGUCCUUCCUGUGCGCCGUCCUGUCCACCGUUGCCACCUUGGCAUCGGUGGCUCAGGCAGACUACUCCAUCGACCCCAAGAGCGUGUCGGCCAGCAUCAGACGUGAGCUACCUGAAGUCGGCGGAAACGCAGGCGGGCCCGCUAACAUUCGAACAGAGGCUUGGUGCCAGAGUGAAAGGGCGACAUGCCCCAUCAUCUGCCAGCAGACGGGGCCGGGCACGACGCUCGUCAACACUUGUGACCCUGAUUUGCUCACCUACGGCUGCCUGUGCGGCGACAACAAGCGACCCAACGUGUCCGAGUACAGCCUGACGCUGCCGUACUUUAUCUGCCAGGAAUGGGGCAACCAGUGCGUAAAGGCCUGUGGGAGCAACAACAAGUGCUCAUCCGACUGCCGCGAGAAGAAUCCCUGCGGAGCCCAAGAACCGAAAAAGUACACGUCCACCGCGGAGGCGCCCGCCGCCACCUCGACCGACGCCAAUGCCAUAUACACCAACCUCCCUGGCGGCCCGGCCACCAUGGGCAGCAGUGGUGCCGCCGUGGCCGUCGAGGCCGGACGGUCGUAUAGCCUGGCCGUUGUGCUCGCCGGCUUGUUCGCCGGCUUCGCCAUGCUCUAG